UCUCCCUAAUAAAAUUUUGGUAGAAAUAAAAUUCUCUCUCCUCUCUUUCUCUCUCUGCAUAUCGGAAGAUUCAUAUUCAAAUUCUGUCAAUCAAAUUCGUUGUUAGAGACGGACAACAAGCUUACAGCCAAAGCAAUCGAAAUUGAAUCUGUUUGCAGAAGAAAGAAACCUUAGGUUUUCCAACAGAGGACCCACCCAAGAAGAUGAGCAGCCAAGCGGGCCCCAAGAGGAACAGCCUAACCACCAAGCACGGUCCCUCCACCGCCGUCAAGAAACUCACCCUUCCGACCGACAACGCCGCCGCCAUUAAUGGCUCCAAGCCCUCGUCUCCUCCUCCUCCUCCUCCCGCCAAUUCGAUUGUCAGCGGCGUGAGGACCGUCAAGAAGCUGAGGUUGUCCACAGCCCUCACCAUUCCCGAGGGGACCACCGUCUCUGAUGCGUGCUGGAGAAUGGCUGCUAGCCGCGUCGACGCCGUGCUGUCGACCGAUUCCAAUGCAUUGCUUUAGGGAAUUGUUACGGACAAGGCGAGUAUUUACCAUUCUAUAGUAAAUAAAGUAGUCAUUUUUAAUGGUGUGCUGUACGGAAAAAUAUAAGAGAGAGAAACUUUCGAUUUGCUGAGAAGCUUUGCUUUACAUGUCCGCCAUUUUUGUGAGCUCCUUUGCUUCUCCUGCCUGAUAGUAAGAACUCUCCAA